ACCCGAGGCCGCCGCACGCAAGCAGUAUUAUUCGAGGUGGAACGCUGUCGCUUUCUCCGGAUUCCUCUUCUUCCUCCUGUGUUCCUUCUAAUUCGAUUUCCUUUUGUUCUUCUUCCCACCUCCAAUUCCUCCACCAUGGCUAUCUGGGAUUCGUUUAGUGGCCGCAAACAGGCCCAGUCCGACCCUUUCGACCCCUCGACCGCCGCACAGGAUGCCACAACUUUCCUCUCAGAUGCCGCAAUUCCCGACCCUACUCAGCUUCACCCUUUGUCCGGCCUGAACCAAGAUGCUCUCGACUACAUCAGUCUUGAAGACUCCGCGCUCGACGAACUGCCCGGCUCGCGAUCCGUUCUGCCGUCCCGCGGAUGGUCGGAUGACCUAUGUUAUGGAACUGGCUCUACCUAUCUGGCGGGAUUGUCGCUGGGAGGAGUAUGGGGUCUUGCUGAAGGAUUGAGUCGGACACCGGUAACUGCGCCUCCGAAGAUCCGGCUGAACGGUGUUUUGAACUCGGUCACCAGAAGAGGUCCUUUCCUCGGUAACUCUGCGGGUGUGGUGGCUAUGGUGUACAACGGUCUCAACUCGGGGAUUGGGUAUGCUCGGGGGAAGCAUGAUGCUGCCAACAGCAUCAUUGCUGGUGGUCUGAGUGGAAUGGUUUUCAAGAGUACCCGGGGGCUCAAGCCCAUGAUGAUCUCGGGUGGUAUUGUGGCCGGUGUCGCAGGCGGCUGGGCUAUUGUGAGGAAGGCUUUCCUGUAAAACGCUGGCGCGGCCAGCUUGUAUUCUAGCACCCAAAACCGAACCGAACCGCCUUGAUCUCGAAACGUCAGUGGUCCGGAAAUCCAUACCCUUUAUUCUCUCUCCAGCAAGCGAACCGAUGUAACCAUUGGUUCUUUGCUUUUGUUCACGCUGUAUUAACAACGGUUUCCAUUUUUGGCUAUCUAUCUCGUCUGAAUCUCUCUUCUCUCCGGCGCUCAGAGUAUCCAUUUAUCGCAUUAUCUGUGGAUUGGGAGGUAAAAACCGGCAUGAUAAUGGGUUCUUGAUGUCUUUUCUCUUUUUUUGUACAUAUAGAGGUUUCCAGCGUUGGCUUGUGGUGAAAAUGUGUCUUAUGCCUGAAAAGUACGCUUAAUGAUACUCGG